AUGGCGUCGUGGAUUCCUCGGCGGUUUCGUGCCGCGACUCAAGACGAGGCCGCUGAAUCGAGCUGGUUGGGACGCCAGGUGACAGCUGUGCUCCAGGACCUCUCGCGUCGCGCAUGCGCUCAUCCGAUUCAUACCAUCGUUGGCAUUGCCCUGCUUGCUAGCACUACAUAUGUCGGCCUUCUCGAAGGUAGUAUUUUCGAUGCUUUCCGCAGUGCCGGAGAUGUUUCGGGACAAAUGGAUACCUCCGCCUUUCUCUACGGAAGUCGAACCCUUCGUCUUGGUGAAAAGACUGCCUGGCGGUGGCAGAGCCAAGAUGGGGUCAACUCGGUUUCCAGUGAUAUUGCUCAACACCUAGCUCUUACAACAUUCGUUUUCUCCGACGCUUCUACAGCUAACGCUCCUACCCUCGACGACUUUUCUAUUCCUGAAAAUGUGUCUGCAAUCCCCGUUCCGAACACACCAAAUGUCUUCUCCUCUUUCUCUCACGACUCUUCGGCCGCAUUCACAGUUCCAUAUGACAGCCUGCCAGACUUCCUCAAGGCCAUGCAAGAAAUUCCCGACCCAUCUACCGAGAACGAUGAGGGAGAGCAACGAAAGUGGAUCAUGAAGGCUUCUCGCGGACAGAGAUCUCACCGCGCCGUGAGGGUCUGGCUGGCAGAUGCUUGGAGUUCUUUCGUGGACCUCAUCAAGCAUGCCGAGACCAUUGAUAUCGCCAUCAUGACCUUAGGCUAUCUCUCAAUGCACUUGACGUUUGUCUCGCUCUUUUUGUCCAUGAGACGCAUGGGCUCACAGUUCUGGUUGGCGACAUCGGUCCUUCUCUCAAGCGUGUUUGCUUUCUUGUUUGGGCUCUUAGUCACUACAAAGCUAGGCGUUCCCAUCAACAUGUUACUACUUUCUGAGGGUCUUCCAUUCCUCGUCGUGACGGUUGGCUUCGAGAAGUCCAUACUCCUGACUAAGGCUGUUCUUUCGGCGUCUCUCAAUGCUAAAACUGGUGCGAACAGCCGUGGACACUCGACAAAAUCGAUCCAAGACUCUAUUGAACUGGCUAUCAAGGAAGAAGGUUCCGGUAUUGUUCGGGACUACCUCAUCGAGAUUGCGAUCUUGGUGAUCGGUGCAGCUUCUGGAGUUCAAGGUGGUCUACGCCAAUUCUGCUUUCUUGCGGCUUGGAUAUUGUUCUUCGACUGUGUUCUUCUCUUCACUUUCUACACUACGAUCCUUUGCAUCAAACUGGAAAUCAACCGCAUUAAACGACACGUCGCUCUGCGCAAGGCCUUGGAAGAGGAUGGUGUCUCUCGGCACGUUGCUGAGAAUGUGGCAUCGAGCAAUGAUUGGCCACAGGCGGACCCUAAUAGUAGCAAGAAUGGCGCCGCCGGAAUUAUCUUUGGAAAGAAAAACCAGGCCGGAAGCAUAUCCAAGUUCAAGUUGCUUAUGGUCGGUGGCUUUGCUUUAGUGAAUGUGAUCAACCUCGGCUCAAUCCCUUUCCGACACCCUGAACAAGAAGAAAACCUACCUGUCUUAUCGCGCCUGUCCAACGUCUUGGCCUCUGCUCCUAUUGACCCUUUCAAGGUGGCCGACAAUGGCUUGGACUCAGUCUACGUAUCCGCAAAGAGUAACAAGUUAGAGACCCUCGUCACUGUCCUUCCACCUAUCAAAUAUAGACGCGAUUACCCCUCGGCUCAUUAUGCACGCUCCGACUAUAAUGGAGGACUGGGUAUUGAGUACUCCGGACAGUUCAUCGACGCUAUUGGAGGAACUGUAUUGGAAAGCCUUUUGAAGAGCGUUGAGGACCCUGUGAUUAGCAAGUGGAUUAUUGCAGCCCUGACUCUCAGCAUCGUUUUGAACGGAUACUUAUUCAACGCUGCAAGAUGGAGUAUCAAAGAGCCUGAAGUACCGGCUCCUGCCACUCCGACGGUGGUUGAAACUCCAAGAGUACAGGUGGAUUACAAACAUGAUGGUGUUCAGAGGACCAAGGAAGAAGCUGAGGCGAUGAUGAAAGAAAAGAAAGCUUCUCUUUUGAACGACGAAGAACUCAUUGAGUUAUCUCUCAAGGGUAAGAUCCCUGGCUAUGCUCUCGAAAAGACGAUGGAAGACCAGCCUAUCAUGAGUCGCCGAGACGCGUUCACUCGAGCUGUCAAGAUUCGCCGAGCUACCGUUUCACGAACCCCUAUAACUUCGGCUAUCACCAGCGGUCUAGAGUCAUCUUUGGUACCGUAUAAGGACUACAAUUAUACACUUGUUCACGGCGCCUGCUGUGAGAAUGUCAUUGGUUAUCUUCCGUUGCCCCUUGGUGUUGCCGGACCGCUAGUUAUCGAUGGACAGAGCUACUUCAUUCCUAUGGCCACUACUGAGGGCGUACUUGUCGCUAGCACUAGUCGUGGUUGCAAGGCCAUCAACUCCGGUGGUGGUGCGGUUACUGUGGUACAUAGUGACGGUAUGACACGUGGACCUUGCGUUUCCUUCCCGACCCUCAUUCGUGCCGCCGAGGCAAAGGCCUGGCUGGACUCUGAAGAAGGCAUGAACACGAUGAGAACUGCAUUCAACUCGACUAGUCGCUUUGCCCGUCUACAAACCCUGAAGACGGCUCUGGCUGGCACUUACCUCUACAUUCGAUUUAAGACAACGACAGGUGAUGCUAUGGGCAUGAACAUGAUUUCUAAAGGCGUGGAAAAGGCACUCGCGGUGAUGAGUACCGAAUGCGGGUUUGAAGAUAUGUCAACUAUUUCUCUGUCAGCAAAUUACUGCACAGACAAAAAACCAGCAGCAAUUAAUUGGAUUGAUGGACGUGGCAAGUCCGUCGUUGCCGAGGCUAUCAUUCCCGGAGCUGUUGUGAAGUCUGUCUUGAAGAGUGAUGUCGAUGCCAUGGUGGAACUCAAUAUCAGCAAGAACCUUAUCGGAAGUGCGAUGGCAGGAAGUAUUGGUGGAUUUAACGCCCAUGCAUCCAAUAUCUUGACCGCCAUCUUUUUGGCCACUGGCCAAGAUCCCGCUCAGAAUGUGGAGAGUAGCAACUGUAUCACCAUUAUGAAGAACCAAAACGGAAAUCUCCAUAUCUCAGUGUCGAUGCCCUCUAUCGAAGUGGGCACGCUUGGAGGGGGCACUAUCUUGGAAGCGCAGUCCGCAAUGCUGGAGAUGCUUGGUGUCAAGGGUGCCCACCCUACGAACCCCGGUGAGAACGCACGUCAACUGGCGCGUAUCGUAGGCGCUUCUGUCCUCGCUGGUGAGCUCAGUCUUUGUGCUGCUCUUGCCGCUGGCCAUCUGGUCAAAGCACAUAUGGCACACAACCGCAGUGCUGGACCAACACGGUCAUCAACACCUGUUUCUGCAGCCGUGAGUGCUGCCCGCAGUAAUGGAAAGCUCUCAAUGACGCCUUCCAAAUGA